AUGGCUAAUGUUUAUGGUCUAUCUAGAACCGGCCACGACCUGCGCGGUGUCGGCGCCUGGGCCCGCACCCCCGCUAUUUCCGGCAAGAAUAGCAAACUGAAGACCAUUGAUUCCCCUUCCACGGCCUCCCUGCUACCCAAGAGCAAGCCUGCCAAGGGUAGCUCGGCCAUGCUCGAGGCCUGGAAGCGCGAGCCGGCCUCUGCAGGGCCGUGGACGCCGCUCCGUUAA